AUGUCGAUCAAACGUGCUCUCUCCAAGGCCAUUAAAGGGCAUAUGGGAGGCGACGAUGACACCUCUGGCUCCAACAUUCGUACUGCCCUGAACCCCAAGAGUCGUACCUCUACGUCCCGCUCCGGCUCCCCCACCGCAUCCCCUCGUCGCAGCAUUCUCGGCAAUUUCCUACGCGACAGGAAUGAUUAUGUCUCUUCCUCUGAGGACUUCUCCGAUGACUCCUCCAGUGGUGGCUUGAGCAAGAAUCAGCAGAAGCGGCUGGUCCGUCAACACCGGCGCAGUGAGCGCAGCCGUCUCAGUGAGGAGAUGUUCUCCGAGGCCGAUCACCGCCGCAAGGAAGAAGAGAUUGCGAAAGCUGCAGCUGAAGAGACUGCUGAUAUGAAGGCACGCUAUGGCGAGCUGCCCUUGAUGCAGUCCUCCGAGCGUCCACGAGAACUACGCACUCGGAUCGAUGAGAUCACACCUGCCAUGGUGGGGCAGCAGGUCUUCUUCACGGCCCGAUUGCAUGUGGUGCGUCGGAUGAGUGCCAAACUGGUGUUCCUAGUGUUCCGUCAGCAGUUGGGUACUUUCCAGGGUGUUCUGCAUGAGCGCCCGGGGAUCUCAUCCAUCGCCAUGAUCCAGUGGGUCGAGCACCUCCGCGUGGGCUCUUUCAUCACAGUCCGGGGUACAGUGCAAAAGCCCGAAGUUCCUGUGCUGGGCUGCUCUAUUCAUGAUGUCGAGCUGGCCAUUGACUCUGUUCAUCUUCUUGUUCGUCGCGAGGAGCCUGUCCCCUUCAGCGUUUACGAGGCAGAGAUUCGGACCACCGAGGAAGAUAAGGUUGAAGGUCGUCGCAGCCAUAUCCCUGACCGGACACGUCUAGCCAAUCGAAUCCUCGACCUGCGGACAGCAACUUCACAAUCUAUCUUCCGUAUUCAGUCUGCGACCUGCAACCUGUUCCGUACCGCCCUAGACGAGCGCGAGUUUAUCGAAAUCCACACUCCCAAGUUGCAAGGUGCUGCCACUGAAUCUGGAGCAAGUGUCUUCCAGGUCAACUACUUUGGUCGCCCUGCAUUUCUGGCCCAAUCACCCCAAUUGGCAAAACAGAUGGCUAUUGCUGCCGAUUUCGGCCGUGUUUACGAGAUUGGUGCCGUCUUCCGUGCCGAGAACUCCAACACUCAUCGUCAUCUGACAGAGUACACUGGAUUGGAUAUCGAAAUGUCAAUUGAAGAGCACUACCAUGAGAUGCUUGAGACCCUUGAUGCUGUUAUCAAGAACAUUUUGAAGGGUAUCUAUUCUAAGUACCGCCGCGAGGUGGAGCUUAUCAAGCACCAGUUCCCUUCAGAGGAUAUUGUGUGGCUGGAUGAGACGCCAAUUAUUCGCUUCACCGAUGGUAUCAAAAUGCUGAAUGACUCGGGCUGGCGGAGCGAGGAGGGGCGAAAUGCUGCCUCUGGAUGA